CCAGGUAAAUGAGAAACUGCAUUAUACGGCUUUGCUAUUUAAAGUAUUUUCAGAUGAAACAACUUUAUAAAACAAAACAAAACAAAUAUAUAUAUAUAUAUAUAUACUAAGUAAUACAUAUGAAAUAAAUUGUAUGUUAGUACUUUACAGCGUUGAACGUUAUGAAACAUUGUAGAAAAUUAUGAAACAAUAAUUAAGUUUUCUUAUUUUAUCUAUCUACAAUAGUAAUUUCAAUAUAUAAUACUUGAUAAUGGUAACGUGAACAAAUAAAGAAGGAACCCCCCCCCCCAAAAAAAAAAACCCCAAAAAAAAACCACACACACAAAACCCCCCACCAACCCCAAAAUAAGAACCCAAUGUUUUAAAAUAUUGUUGUAUGGUACAAGUUGAAAAAUACCGGCUGCGUUACGUAGGACUACGCGACCUUCUUGGCUACUGUCCCAGUUAACGGGAAAGCGCUGACCAAUGGCGAGCAGGGUGAAUAGGCCACAUCUCUUUGUUUUGGUCAGCUGAUUCAUGCCGUUCGUUAUAACGAUCAAUACUUUCACAAGCCAUGACUGAUCUACUCAAGGGAAACGGCAAUAUGAUCAACGACGAAUGCACCGUUAUGGAAACAAGCCUUUUACGCACGGGCGAAAAGACGGACGUGCACCUAGAAAUGGACAGCGCCCAGCAUUGUGGUAAUAACGUAAAGACAAAGGAUGCUGCUCCUAAUUCUGAUAUGGUGGGAUCCGUUUUGACAGUGCAUGGCGUUUCCUACGAAGUGGACGUCAGAAUCAGAUGCUGUGGAAGAAAAACACGCAAGAAAAUCUUAAAAGAUAUUCACGGAAUCUUGAAGCCAGGCAUGAAUGCUAUUCUUGGACCGACUGGCGGUGGAAAAACAUCCCUGCUUGACAUCCUGGCGGGACGGAAAGAUCCAUCGGGUAUCUCUGGCCAAGUCCUGAUUGAUGGGACGUUGCCGCCAUCCAACUUCAAGUGUAUGGUCGGGUAUGUUGUUCAGGAUGAUGUCAUCAUGGGAACCCUGUCUGUGAGGGAAAACCUUCAUUUUUCCGCCGCUCUCCGACUCCCGGAGAACGUAUCGAUGAAGGAGAGAAUCACCAGAGUUGAGCUGGUCAUACAGGAACUGUCACUCACAGAAUGUGCCGACACUCGGGUUGGGACAGAUUAUAGCCGUGGUAUAUCUGGUGGAGAAAGAAAGAGAACGAACAUUGGAAUGGAGCUGAUUAUUUCUCCCCCAGUUCUCUUCCUCGAUGAGCCAACAACCGGACUCGAUGCAAGCACGGCCAGUUCUGUCAUGCUUCUCUUAAAGAGACUGUCUGUGAAAGGCCGCACCAUUGUGUUUUCCAUCCACCAGCCACGGUUUUCUAUCUACCGUCUCUUUGACAACAUGAUCCUACUUUCUAAAGGAGAAGUCAUCUAUCAGGGUUUACCUGCAGAGGCUUUGGACUUCUUCUCAUCAAUAGGUUACAAGUGUGAGGAGCACAAUAAUCCCCCCGACUUCUUCCUGGAUGUGAUCAACGAGCAUUCCUCUACAUUGACAAACACACAGGGCGGUGUGGUCACAGAUUCGACCCAGUUGCAAUCAUCAAUAGUCAACAGCUUCAGAAACUCAAAAUGGCAUGAGCAAUGCAUGUCGAAGGUCGAGCCGGUCUACAGUCAGUUCCUAGAGGAGGAGAAGAGUGGGGGAGUUGUACGCAUGGCCAGAGUCGCAUAUGCCACAUCGUUCCACAGACAGUUGGUGAUUGUUGGCAUGAGGUCACUAAAAAACAUCACAAGAAACCCACAGGCUGCAAUAAGUCAAAUCACAGUGAUGUUGCUGUUUGCCGUUGUUGUCGGAAUGAUAUAUUACCAGCUGGACAAUUCACUUGAGUCAGGAAUACAGAACAGGGUUGGUGUGUUUUUCUUUCUCAUCAUGAAUCAAGUGUUUGGAAAUCUGUCAGCAGUGGAGCUCUUCAUUAAAGAAAGGACAAUUUUUAUGCAUGAAAACAUAAGUGGUUUUUACAGAGUGUCGGCGUUCUUCCUGUCUAAAAUAUUCUGUGAUGUUAUUCCGAUGAGGCUUCUUCCGACAGCGGCGUUAAGUACUGUAGCUUACUGGAUGAUAGGUCUACAGCCAACAGCUAGUCACUUCUUCAUCUUCCUGAUAACUCUGUUCCACACGACGCUGGCGGCGUGCAGUCUGGCAUUUGCCAUCAGCGCCAGCAUGCGUCUCCGAGCCGUAGCCAACUUGAUCAUCUCAACUAUAUACAGCUUCAUGAUGCUUUUCAGUGGUCUGCUGAUAAACCUGGACACCAUGAGCGACUGGCUGGGUUGGCUACGAUGGCUCAGCAUUCUUCGUUACAGCAUGGAUGCACUAAGUAUAAACGAACUUCAUGGGCUGACGUUCUGUUCCUUGGAAAAUGGCACUAAUGUCUGCACCACUGGUGCCUCGUACCUCGAUACUCAGGGAAUUAAGUACGUUACAGUCUGGGACCUGUGGAAACCGGUGGUCGCCUUGAUUAUCAUGACUGCCAUACUGUUAACUUUGACAUACGUACAGCUGAGGCGCUUGAAAAAAUGGAAGUAAUCUUCAACAGUAUUACAUGCAUGUCUGAGAUUCAAGUCAGGUUACUUGUCAACAAUUUUCUCGUAGUAUUAUGUAAAUAAUUCUUAUACAACAUGGUAUCCAUGAUGUAAGUUAACUUGCUUAUUAUUGUCAACAAUUUUCUCAUGGUAUUAUGUGUAAGUUAUUCUUAUACAACACUGUAUUCAGUGGCAGAUCCAGAAAAUCCAUUAUGGGGGGCCCCCAAUGACGUGAAGCAGAAUACCAAUUGAACUUUGAGGGAGGUUUGGAGGGGAUCAUAAAAAAAAAACGAAAAUUAAUAUAUAAUAAAAUUAUAACUGUCGCACAAUUUAGGCCCCCCCCCCCCCCAGAUCUGCCUCUGGUAUCCAUGAUGUAAGUUAACUUGCUUAUUAUUGUCAACAGUUUUCUCAUGGUAUUAUGUGUAACUUAUUCUUAUACAACACGGUACCCAUGAUGUAAGUUGACUAUCUUAUUAUUGUCAACAAUUUCCUCAUGGUAUUAUGUAACUUAUUAUUAUACAAGACCAUAUCCAUGAUGUGAGUUAACUUGCUUAUUAUUGUCAACAGUUUUCUCGUGGUAUUAUGUGUAACUUAUUCUUAUACAACACGGUACCCAUGAUGUAAGUUAACUUGCCUAUUAUUGUACAACACUAUAUCCAUGAUACAAGUUAAUUUGCUUAUUGUACAAUGCAGUAUCCAUGGUAUAUAAAUUGUUUAUUAUUGCACAACAUGUAAGUUUACUUGCUUAUUAUUGUACAACACCAUAUUCAUGAUACACUGUAUGCAACUUAUUCUUAUGUACAACAUGGUAUACAUGAUGUACCAUAAGUUAACUUGUUUAUUAUUGUACAACACUGUAUCUAUGAUGUACGUUAACUUGCUUAUUAUUGUACAACACAGAAUCAUGAUGUAAGUUAACGUGCUUAUUAUUGUACAACACAGAAUCAUGAUGUACGUUAAUUUGCUUAUUAUUGUACAACACUAUCUAUGAUGUAAGUUAACUUACUUAUUAUUGUACAAUACUGUAUCUACAUGUAUGAUGUAAGUUAACUUACUUAUUAUUGUACAUCACUGUAUCUAUGAUGUAAGUUAACUUGCUUAUUGGACAAAACAGUAUCCUUGGCACAAGUUAAUUUGCUUAUUGUACAACAUGGUAUCCAUUUGGUACUUGCUUAUUAAUUGGAUAACAUGGUAUCCAUUUGUUUACUUGCUUAUUAUUGUACAACAUGGUAUCCAUUUGUUUUCUGCUUAUUAAUUGGAUAACAUUGGUAAUAUUUAACAAGUUAAUAUUGCUUAUUAUUGAACAUCAUGAUGUCUGUUUGUUUACUUGCUCAUUGUUAUAUAGAACAUGGUGACCGUGAUAUAAGUUAAUUUAUUUUUAUAACAAUAUGGGUUGUUUUAUAUAUUAUGCUGAUAAUGUGAGUUUUCUAUUUGUUCUCACAGUAUGUUUUCUUUAUGAAUGAUAUUCUCAUAGCAACAAUAUCAACAAGUUGAUUUUUAUUGCUCAUAUUAAAACUGUAUACAUCUGCUAUAUAAGAUGAUCUUAUGGUCAGGUAAACACCAUAUCUGUUAUAUACAAUUGGAUCUUAUACAUGGAUUAUAUAUAUGUAAUUUAAUUCUCAGGGUAACACUUAUGUGAGAUAAACAUCUUUUAUAUAUUCUCAUUCCAUCCUUGUAUCGACUGUGUAUGUUGACAAUAUUCUCAGCAAAACUAUUUGUUAUAUACAUUUACUAGGUUACCAUAGCAACAUGCAUUACUGGACCUUUCACUGGCAGAUAGUUAGGGUUAGGGUCAGGGUUAGAAUAGUCGGUCAGUGAAAGACCUUUCAGCGAAGAGUUCUCGUCUGGUGCUUAUAAAAUGUUUAGUCUUAGACUCGAGACUAAUAAGAGUCUGGGACAGUAACCUCAUGGCAAUGCCAUACAAAUUGUAUGUAUGUGACGUCAUUAGAGAUCGAGUCUGGUCUCUUAAUAGUUUUAUAAGCAUGGGGCCCCAAGUACCAGCAACACAUAUCCUAUAGCGACAUAUCUUCGAUACACAUUAUUGUAUAAUUCAUAGCAACAUUGUGUGUGUGUCUGUGAUAUAUACUCUUAACAAAAAAAAUAGGGGAACUAUAAUAAGAAUUUACAAUUACCAAAAUUGUAAGGUACAUUAGCUGUGGGGAAUGGUUAUAUGAUAAUAG